GCUCUGUGUCCUCUCACUCCUUUUCCUCUAUAAAUCAGAGCCUUCAAGGAAAACUAAGCUUCAUCUUUUACAGAGCUUUCUCUGCCUCCAACAAUGGCCAGAAUCCGAUCAUUGAAGUUAGGUUUUCUUCUCCUUUUUGCCCUCACUGUCUUACACUUUUCUUCUAUUUACGUCCAUGCCCUCAACGUUGGUAUUCAGUCUACAAAUGCAGCUUUCUCUCUGAGUAAAGAAUGCAGUAAAAAAUGUGAAUCAGAUUUCUGCUCAGUGCCUCCAUUUCUGAGGUAUGGGAAGUACUGUGGAAUCUUGUACAGUGGGUGUCCUGGGGAGAAGCCAUGUGAUGGCUUAGAUGCUUGUUGUAUGAAACAUGAUGCCUGCAUUCAAACUAAGAACAAUGAUUACCUUAGCCAAGAAUGCAGCCAAGAAUUUCUGAAUUGCAUGGAGUACUUCAAAAACUCAGGAGGGCAUACCUUUAAAGGCAACAAGUGUUCAGUUGAAGAGGUGAUUGAUGUAAUAACAGUUGUUAUGGAGGCAGCUCUGUUAGCAGGGAAGGUUUUCCAUAAGCCUUAGAAAUAAGGAUUUUCAAUUUUAGAUAGCAGAGUAAGAGACAUAGGAAGAAUGAGAGUAAAUUGAUAUAUUUAAUUAUUGUUCUUUUACUACUGAAAGAUGAAAUUGGAAAGUUUCGUGGUUCCAUUCCCUC